AUGCGCGUCCAUGUCGUCUCCCGCCUCGCCGCGCGCGCGUCCACGCGGCGUUCGAGCGAAGAAGGCGCGCGCGUCGAUCGUCAUCGUCAGCCGCGGCGUCUCGGAAUUCAUCACGAAUCGUCCUCGAUCGCGUCUCCCCGGCGCGAUGGGCGAAGGAUAACGCGAGUGCAGGCGACGGAUAAAGAGUUCCGCGCGUCCGUGGACGGAUUCCGAGAGCCGUGCGACGAAUUCGUGUGUAAAUCGUCGCCGGCGGUGGAGAACACGCUGAAGAGCGUCGUCAAGGACAUAAACGCGGCGCGUGGGACGACGAGAAGCUCGAAACCGUACGCCCCGGACGUGGAGUACGACGAUGGGGUGUUGAAAUUCAAAGGGAGCGAGAAGUACGCCAAGUAUUGCUCGUAUGUGGAGAAUAAUUUGCGACAGGUGACGACUCGGGUGACGGAGAUUUCAAUGAAGGACACGCUCGACGUCGCGACGGUGCGGUGGGAGUUGAACGGGACGAACGAUAUCGGACGGGUGGGCGUGGACAUAGAGGCGACGUAUAAGAUGAAUCUCAUCACCGGACGCGUGUUGGAACAUCGGGAGCGGUGGACGGUGAAUCCGUCGCGAACGGAGGCGCAGGCGGGCGCGCUCCUGGAGUCGACGAGAAAGGCGCACGCGCUGCCGCUCAACGCGAUGGAGCUCGCGGAUCGAGCGAGUCAAGGACUGAAGGAACUCACCAAGUCGUUCUCCUCGGGGGACGAGGGCGAGAAAAACAUUUAUGUCAAUCCGAACGAUCCAAUGAAAUUUUUCCAGCAAGAUGAUACGAGCAAAACGGAUCUCCUUCAGUUGUCUCUAGUCGCCGCGGUGAUUUACUUGCUGACCAAGGUCUUCGAAGUGCUCAAUUAG